ACAAUUGCACUCAGCGGAAAUUUCUGCACUGACAAGAAAUCUGCCGCUGUCAACACUAUUCUUGGGAGGGGAAAAUCGGUGCUGGCUGAGGCUCGUAUACCGGCGAGUGUGGUUAGCGCCUGCUUGCACACUACUCCUCGUCGUCUGGUUCGUUUGGCCCAGGCAAAGUUGCAUGUGGGUGGUGCUUUAGCAGGUCUCAACGGCUCUGCCGGUGGGAAUGCACAUGCUGCAAAUCUAGUCGCCGGCUUGUUUGCUGCCACAGGUCAAGAUCUGGCUCAAAUGAUGAAGAACUAA